AUGUUUGCCUAUCUUCCUCAGCGUGAGGCAGGACAGGAUGAUGCAAAUGACACGGACGUGGAAGCGAUGCAUGAUGAUGGGGACGACCAGGAGGGUGAGUGUGAGGAUGAGCAUGAGAUUGAGAGCGGCGCAGAAGAGGAUGCGUCCCCAACAGACAUUCCCGAUGAUGAGAAACCAGAGCCUGCUACACCUGUCGCCAACGGGGUUCCCAGCGGAGUGGAUGCUGAUGGAAGCUGCGGGCCAGGUCCCACAGAAGAUGUUGGGCCGACUCUUCCGCCAGACUAUGAGUUGCCGGAGUGGGCGCAAGCUCCGCAAUCAGUUUCCGAGACUGACUUUGCGGAAUCUGGCCUUCAAACACUCCUGCUGCCACAUGAGCAGCCUGAGUUGCUGGAAGCGCUUCAUGUUGAGCCGCAUCACUUGACAGCCAAUGAGUCUUCUUUUUUGGGCAAGGACUCGCUAGAUAUUCUGAGAACAAAUGAGAACUUCAAGCACCACAUCUUGGACAAUCUGGCUGAGCGCCUGAAAGCUGGAGUUCAACCGUCUGGGGAUGAAUGUGUGGAAGAGGUGGCAAGCGGUUCGGCGGAGUUGAUGCGGGAAGUCAACAUGCUGAAGACCAAGCUGAUGUCCAAAAAGGUUCAGAAGUUUAACCCAGAUGUGAUGGAUACACUGCCAAUGGAUACUCAAGUCAUCAAUGAUGAAGCGGUGGCAAGGGCAAAAUCCGUGGGCAACUUCGACGAGGUCAUGGAGAUUCCAGAUUCACAGGAAGAAUUGAACCCUGCAGCAAAGUCUGACCAGCAGCCUACCCGGAUUCGGAUUGAUGUAGGUCAAGCCAUGCCCCGCAGCAACAAGAAGUUGCUGAAGCUGCUGGCAAAUGAACAGGGACAAGGCCAGCAGAUGGAGUGGGUAUAUCAUCUCCUUUAUGCAUGUGUUUUAUUCUCCAGAGUAGUGGUGGUGGCCCUGCUGCUGCUUUUGUGGAAUGAGAACCUGGAUACUUCACGUGUCUAUGACUUUGCCGAGUUCUUUGCGGGUGAAGGGCGCCUGACGGCCUUGAGGGAAAGCGCCAUUCCACUGGCACGCACUUGGACAGAUGACCAUGGAAAGAAGCGCUUUCAGGGAGACAAGACGAGCAGCUUCAACCAGAACACAAUUCAUGUGAAGCAGUCCCUUCUGAUUGGACAAAUGAUCUUAGUGGAGAUUGCAUUUUGGUUGAUCUACCUUGUCAUGGUGCUCAUUCUGGGCGUGUAUUUGACCAUUGUGUCAGUGAAGAAGGAGGAGGUGGAUGAUGACUUUGGCGACUACAGCCCAGAGACGCGAAUGAUCUUACAUGCUCUGCCUGAUACACCUGAGAGUUUGGAGUUGAAACGGGAGUACUUGCAGAAGAAGAACCGCUUGAAUCGAGGACACAUUGUACUUUUCAGAUACUCCAGCGGCAGCUGUGGUGGUUCUGUGCUUGGUCAUGGCCUCGCUGGGGUGGCCUCGCCUGUCCCGGAGAACAAGAACAAUGGUGAAGCGGGUUCUGUGCUUGGCCAUGGCCUCCCUGCCGCUACGGUGGCUCCGCCUGUCCCUGAGAACCAGAACAAUGGCGAAGCUGACCCUGAUGCUGAGACUGUCCCUGUUCCGCAUGCUCCGGUGGUUGCAGCGCUGGGCUCCACAAUGACACCGGAGAUACAUCCCAUGGUUGCCAAAAUGUGGGAACCGGUCCAAAAGGAGAUUGAUGAGAAGAAGCGACAAGCGGAGUUGGAGCUUGAAAGCACAUGCCAGAAACGCCAAAAAGUGGAGCAUGAGGUGGGGGUUUGGACUGCGAAGCUUGAGCAAAUCCAAACCAAAUUCGCACUAUUCGAGAGGGAUUUGGCAAAAGCUCAAGCCCAGUUGCAGGAGAGCUCCAAGAUGCAAACAGUCCUUGCUGAGAGGGAACAUGCAAUUCAGGCAGCGGAGCAUGAGCUUGAGAAACGGCAAGCGAAGUUUGAAGGAGAAAUGGACGCUUGGGAUUCACAACGCGCCGUAGUUCUCGCAGAGAUCGACACAAAGUUCGAUGAGCUGCGCCGGGAGGAGGUGCAGGCACGCCAGACUCAGAAUGCGGGACCCUUUGCUGAUCCAAAGGCGAGUCUCAGAGCCAAGAUUCAUCAAGUGGAUCAAGUGAGACCCUUGCUGAACAGUGGCUCAGCUGAUGCUUGGGGCGCAUUGUACAGGGUCGUCCGCAAGGUGGAUGUUGAUGGAAACCCUGUGAAAGACAUCUAUGACCCGACUGUCACCAAGUACUUGGUGCAAGUGAGAGAUGAUGUGGAACAGGGAGAUGAGAAACUCCAAGAGCUUCAGGCUGAGAUGCAGGAGUUGGGGUUGUGGAGCACAGACUUCACACUAGGAGACCUUCUUGGCGAGGAAGAAGAAGAUGACAAGGGGGUACCGGAAGCCAAACCAAAGCAGAAAUUGCCGGAGUACCCUGAGGUUGAGGGUGAGGAGUCGCUACCAGAGUAUCUUGGGCAGUACAAAAAGGCAUGUUUGUCGCGCAAAGCCUUGCUCAAGAACUCCAAAGAGAGACUGUCCGAGCCGGGCGCAGCGGCUGGCUUUGAGACAGACUUGAAGAACUUGGAGAAUUCAGGGGGCAACUUUUCAGCAAAAAGGCAAGCCUAA